AUGCAUACACUGAAGACAAUGAUAUGCCAGUUUCAUAGACUUUUCCAAUGCAAAGGUCCAGAGACUCUUUUUGCUGGAUAUAACCUCAAUGACAAUGAAUGGCAUACAGUACGUGUAGUUCGAAGAGGAAAGAGUUUAAAGUUAAUAGUAGAUGAUCAACAAGCCAUGACAGGUCAAAUGGCUGGGGAUCAUACAAGACUGGAAUUCCAUAAUAUAGAGACGGGAAUCAUAACGGAACGGCGUUACUUGUCCUCAGUCCCUUCCAACUUCAUUGGUCAUCUACAAAGCCUCACUUUUAAUGGCAUGGCAUACAUUGACUUGUGUAAAAAUGGGGAUAUUGACUACUGUGAACUAAAUGCCCGUUUCGGCUUCCGGAACAUCAUUGCCGACCCAGUCACUUUUAAAACGAAAGCUAGCUAUGUUGCUCUUGCCACAUUGCAAGCAUACACAUCUAUGCACCUGUUUUUCCAGUUCAAAACAACAUCAUUGGAUGGGUUAAUACUUUACAACAGUGGAGAUGGCAAUGACUUUAUCGUGGUUGAAUUAGUAAAAGGGUAUUUACAUUAUGUGUUUGAUUUGGGAAAUGGUGCAAAUCUUAUCAAGGGCAGUUCCAAUAAAGUUCUGAAUGACAAUCAAUGGCACAAUGUGAUGAUCUCACGGGAUACCAAUAAUCUCCAUACUGUAAAAAUUGACACAAAAAUCACAACGCAGAGCACGGCAGGAGCAAGAAACUUGGAUCUCAAAAGUGAUCUAUAUAUUGGAGGAGUAGCAAAAGAAACUUAUAAAUCCUUGCCAAAAUUGGUCCAUGCCAAAGAAGGAUUUCAAGGCUGCCUUGCCUCUGUGGAUCUCAAUGGGCGUCUUCCAGAUUUGAUUUCAGAUGCUCUGUUUUGCAAUGGACAGAUAGAAAGAGGAUGCGAAGGUCCCAGCACCACAUGUCAAGAAGACUCUUGUGCUAACCAAGGUGUCUGCUUGCAGCAAUGGGAUGGGUUUAGCUGUGACUGUAGCAUGACUUCUUUCAGUGGGACACUGUGCAAUGACCCGGGAAAACAUACAUAUUUAGCAAAGGUGGUGGACAGAUUACAUAUACCUGGCUCCCAAUGAUCGGCCCAGCACCCGAGCAGAUAGACUGGCCAUAGGGUUUAGCACAGUUCAAAAAGAAGCCAUCUUGGUCCGUGUGGAUAGCUCGACUGGGCUUGGUGAUUAUUUAGAGCUGCACAUCCACCAAGGAAAAAUUGGUGUUAAAUUUAAUGUUGGAACAGAUGAUAUCGCAAUUGAAGAAGUCAACGCAAUCAUUAAUGAUGGGAAAUACCAUGUAGUACGU